AUGUCUCUGUCACUCCUCGCCCGGGGAGCUCUCACGGGUGGCUUCGGUGCUCUGAACGGUUACUGGGGUCAAUAUAGCGAUGAUCGACUGAGCCAUUAUUGCGACACAGGAAUCGAGUAUGUGACUCUGAGCUUUGUGAACAAGGCACCAGAACACAGUGCAUCCGGUUACCCUGGUACGAAUUUCGCUGGACACUGUUGGGCUGGAACAUACAAGAACAAGGACAAUGUCACCUCGGAGCUGCUCAGCGAAUGCUACUAUAUGAAGCAGGAUAUCAACUACUGCAAGUCGAAAGGUGUCAAGGUUCUCCUCGCUAUUGGCGGCGUUUACAACACUGGCGACAGCAACUACGCGGUUUCGACCGAGCAGAAUGGCGAGGAUUUUGCAGAUUUCCUGUACAGUGCAUUUGGACCGUAUAAGCAAUCUUGGGAUGGACCUCGACCUUUUGAUGCCAGUACUGACGACCACACUUCUGUUGACGGAUUUGAUUUUGAUAUCGAAGCUACCUUGGACAACAAGCCUUACAUCAGCAUGAUUGAGAAAUUCCGCAGCCUUGACUCCUCUCUGAUGAUCACCGGAGCACCUCAGUGCCCGUCCGCGGCUCCUUAUUUUGACAUGCAAGAGAUGAUCCAGAAAGCAAAGUUUGACGCGCUCUUUGUCCAGUUCUACAAUAAUGACAACAACUGUAAUACUAAUGACAAGUUCAACUACGAUGAUUGGAUCAAUAUUGUUGACUCGAGCGAUAAGAGCCAGAGCGCCAAGAUCUUCAUUGGCCUUCCUGCGAGCAGCGACGCGGCUUCUGUGGGUUACAUCGACCCCUCGGCAGUCAAGGACCUGGUGUGCCGCGUUAAGGAUAAGAAGCAUUUUGGUGGUAUCUCGCUGUGGGAUCUGACUCGUGGCGCGACAAACGUCGUUGGCGGAAAGACUUUCAACCAGCACGUUCAGGAGGCUUUGCAGUAUGGAUGUGACCCGGUUCCUUCAACUGUUUCAACUACUCCGGCCGCCUCAUCGACCCCAGUUUCAUCCUCGUCUGUCUCGUCGACCCCUACACCGGUUUCAUCGGCCUCAACAACCUAUGCUCCAGCUUCAUCAACGCCGGCUUCGUUUAUCCCUUCGACGCCUUCAGCACCUGUUUCUACUCCAGUCUCAUCCGCAGGAAGCACCACCCCAGGAACCGCUGGAGCUUCUACGAGUCAGUCAUCCGCCUCAUUUAGCACACCAUCAUCUAGUAUUGCUGCUUCCGCGAGCACCCCGGAAUCAAGCACUCCCUCGUCGACUGCUGCCGCUGCAUCGGGUGCUGGAGCUUCUGGAACUCCCUCAUCUAGCGCAACUCCUUCUGCCAACGAAACUCCAUCGGCGGCCGCCAGCAGUUCAGCCAGUGAAACUCCUUCAGCUAGCAUCACUCCAUCAUCUAACGUUACCCCUUCGGCUGUUACCACUUCCUCAGCAAGCGGAACCCCUUCAGACAACAGUACGCCUUCUGCGAGUGUGACUCCUUCAAACAGCAACGUUUCUUCGACUAGUGAAACCCCUUCUGCAAGCGCCACUCCUACAAUCAACUCUACUCCUUCUGUUAGCGAAACUCCCUUGUCUAGUGGAACACCUUCAGCUGUUAGCACUCCUUCGGCUGUUGACACUCCUUCAGCAACUAAGACUGCCUCUGCUAGCGAAACCCCCUCAUCUAGCGGAACUCCUCCAGUUGUUAAUACUCCUUCGACAACCGAGACUCCAUCAGCCAGCGAAACUCCUUCCUUUAGCAACACUCCUUUCGCUAGCGAAACCCCCUCAUCUAGCGGAACUCCUCCAGCAAUUGAGACUCCAUCAGCAACCGAAACUCCUUCCGCUGGCGAAACUCCCCUUGCUAGUGGAACUCCUACUGAUGGCACUUCUUCUGCUGGUGUCACACCUUCGAGUAAUACUACACCUUUAGACAAUGCUACACCUUCGAGCAAUGCCACACCUUCGGCGGAUGGAACCCCUUCAGCUAGCAAUACUCCUUCAGUUAGUGCUGCGACUUCAGCCGGUGAAACUCCUUCAACAACCAUCGCUACCCCUUCAGUCGUUGAAACCCCCUCUGUUGUUGAGACUCCCACUUCCGGCGAAACUCCUUCGGCCAACGCUACCCCUUCGGCCAGCAACACUCCUUCAGUUAGUGUUGCAACUUCAGCCGGUGAAACUCCAUCAGCCACUGUUACCCCUUCAGUCGUUGAAACCCCUUCUUUCGUCGAGACUCCUACAUCUGCCGAAACUCCUUCUGUGAGCGAAACCGGUACUCUUUCAGCCGGUAACACGCCCUCGGCUAUUGCUAUUCCCUCAAGUGGUGUCACUCCUUCAGCUACUACAGAUGCCUCAACCGGCAGCACCUUUUCAUCGGCCAUCGGAACACCUUCGGCUACAUUUGACCCGGCCCUUUCCACUACAGCUGGCUCAAGUACACCUCGAGCGUCAACUCAAGGUAGCACCGGAGCCAGCGGUAUUGGCUCUACUUCAUCGACACUGUCCUGGUCCAACUCUACCAUGACAACACAAAUCACGGCACCGGGCAGCCAAUCUACGGGUGUUCUCACAUCUGCAGGAUCUUCAUCCGCCAGCGGCACUGCGUCAACCAAUACUCAAGGCGGUAUUGCACCCACCAACACUCAAGGCGGCGCUUCCUCUACGCUGCUCGGGUCCAGCUCUACAGCUUUAGCCGGAAGCGGUGUUGCUUCCAGUACGACUACCGGGCAGGUUUCAACUAGUACCGGUGGCGGCUCUAUCAACAACGGUGGUCAGAAUGGCAAUGCAGGUUCAACGGCAGCCGGCACAACCAAAACGGCCGCAGGCUCGGCCACCACCCAGGCCAGUGACCCUGCUACUACUCAGCCACCCCAAGGCUUGAACGGCUGGACAACGAGCACUAUAUUCGCUACCACAGUCAGAACCAUUACCAGCUGCCCAGUGUACGUUGACUGCCCCAAGGGCGGUUAUGUCACCACUGAGACUAUUGCGCUUUACACUACAGUCUGCCCCAUCACCCAGACGGGAGGCGUACCACAGACGCAGCCAACUGGCCAACCCAGUGCCCCCUCAUCAAAGCAAACCGGAGGCAGUGCCCCAGUUCAGACAAGAACUGGUGGCAGCAACGCCCCGCAACCGACUCAGUCCACUGUCGUCAAUGGCCCUGCCACAAGCAACGCACCCAAUAAUGGCGGUAAUGAAGGGCAGAGCCGAACCCAGACUCAAGCCCAGAGUCAAACUCAAACUCAGAGCCAGGGUGCGGCAUCAAGCAGCCAGACCGCUCCCGCAGUCCUUCCCACCGUCUCAGGCUUCAAGACAACCGUCGUUCUGCAGCUUGCUUCAAGCUCUACAACCGCCACCACCACUGCCAGCCAGAAGGUCAGCACCACCGCUGCACCAGCCAAGGCGGGUGCUUCCAAUGUGGCCGUUGGGCUCGGAGGAAUCGUGCUGGUCAUGUUUCUUCAGUUACUCGCCCUGUAA